AUGCCGGGUCCAGGUCCGCACAUGAUGUACGCACUCGGGUCGGGUCAGGCGCUGAUGAGCAUAUCGAACGGGCGGUUCAGCCCGCAACACUGCAUCUUUUACGCCAUUAACGCCUUCUUCGGACCCGACAUGGGUUCCUUCGCCGAGUGGCUCACUUCAACAAUCGGCUUGGGUCGAACCUUCGGAUCAUCUAUCGAACCUUGGAUCCAUGACCCGUUUUACUAUUGUCUCAUUCUGGGCUUCCCUUUGUCGGUGUUCUACAGUUGGGCAUCCAGAUUUUUCCUUCACAAGGGCAUUCUCGAUUCCUUUUCUGGGGUGCCACUUACUAGGAGGCAGUGCUUCUUGUUGGUGUCUGCAGGAUCGUUUUCACACUUUUUCCUAGACCACUUGUUUGAGGAAAAUGGACAUUCUUCCAUGUAUAUGUGGAUAUUGAGCACUGGAUGGUGGAAAAGUCGAGCGCCAAUUAAUCCCGAUGCUGUGCUCGUUAUAAGCCUUUUGUGUACCACCUUGAUCGGUGGUUUUAUUUACAUCAAUAAAGUAAAACCCGUGAAGUCGUUUAGAAAACAAUCUCAGCAAUCCUUGAGACUGCUCCUGACAGUCGCAAGCUUGUACUGCCUCUGGUGCGUGAGCCAGAUUUACCUGAUUACUCCUCGUCGAGCAGCUGUUGGUGAAGAGGCUGAUCUUGGAGUUCUUGUUUUUCUUGGCAUUUAUUUUUUCUUCCCCCAUUGGCUGUGCAUUUUGUCCAUGAAUCCGAGGGAAUUUAUUGACUCGGCAGAACAGCUUCCUCUUUAA